AAGCAGAAGUAUAUUAAAGAUACUCAAGAAAGCCUCAGACUUCUCAGGAAAACUGGUAGAGAAUGCAUUGAGAGACGCAGAAAGGCAAUUGAAGAUGGAGAAGACAUUCCGGUGGAUAUACUCACACAGAUCCUGAAAGCUCAGGAGGAUGAAUGUGAUAUGGAAGAUUUGAUAGAUAACUUUGUUACUUUCUUCAUCGCAGGGCAAGAAACAACUGCCAACCAGUUAUCAUUUACAGUGAUAGAACUGGCACAAAACCCGGACAUUCUGAAAAAGGCCCAGGAUGAAGUGGAUGAAGUUAUUGGUUCCAAAAGAGACCUUGAUUAUGAUGAUCUUGGAAAACUGCAAUACUUAUCUCAGGUCUUGAAGGAAAGUUUACGACUCUACCCUACUGCUCCAGGUACGUCACGUGCCCUAGAAGAAGAAACUAUUAUAGAGGAUGUGAGAAUUCCCGCUAAAUCAAGCCUGAUGUUUAACUCCUACAUCAUGGGAAGGAUGGAGCAGUUUUACCCAGAUCCCCUUGUAUUCAACCCAGAUCGAUUUCACCCUGAUGCUCCCAAGCCAUAUUUUACAUAUUUCCCAUUUUCUCUUGGACCACGUUCUUGUAUUGGACAAGUCUUUGCACAGUUGGAAGCGAAGGUGGUAAUGGCCAAGCUCCUGCAGAGAUUCGAGUUUGAGUUGGUGGAAGGACAAAGCUUCAAGAUAUAUGACACAGGCUCCCUACGACCCAUGGGAGGGGCAAUAUGUAGACUGAGGCCCCGAACAAACUCUGGAACCAUGAAGAAAUAG